AAAAAAAGAGAUCACAAUGUGAGCGAACUCAGUCUGUUCUAUCGAUAUGUUUUAUAAGUUCUCAACAUGCUCUAAGGCUUGACACAGGUCGAGAAAGGCAACAUUUAUUCAGAAAGACUGGGCGACUAGGAAAUUCAUGGAGAAGUUGGACCUUUCUGCUUAAUUGUAUUUCAUCGAAAAUUCAAGGUCGACCGCGGUCCUUACUAGUACUAGCGUCACCGACAGGUUGGGAUUGCAAAUGCUGACUAGAUCGUUGCAGGCUACUAUCAACGCCAUCAAAAAUCAUUACUUGUUUGUUUGAACCUUUGUUUAUUCAUGAAAGCUAAAAUCGGUCCGCAGACCGCCUUUCAUUAAAGGUCUAGGGGAAAGAGGUAUAGAAUCUAUAGAUCGUUUUCACAGAACGUUCUAACACGACUGUGACGUCACGUGAAAACGAUCUAUAGGUCAGACAGAAUAUAGAGGUUAUAUGAAUCUAUAUAACUUGUUAAUUUCAUUAAUAGUUCUAUCAACAUGUUUACAUGGAAUACAUACCAGCCACCGUGUAUAAGCAAACAGUUUUUAUGUUCCCAGGUCUAGUGUCCUCCAUACUGUGCCGAAGAUUUGGGGCUCGUCCAUUAGUGAUGAUAGGCGGGGUGGUGGGUGCUGUGGGGCUUCUCUUGACAAGCUUCUCCACGAGCAUAGUUCAUCUGCAUCUGUCCUUGGGCCUUACGUCAGGACUCGGAUUUGCACUGGUGUACAAUCCAACCUUCAUUAUUGUUGGACAGUACUUUCAUGAAAAGCGCCACCUGGCUUACGCCAUGAUGGUGACAGGAACCGGAGUAGGGGGCUUCAUCUUCUCGCCAGUCUUCCAGCUGCUGAUCGACGAGUACGGCUGGAGAGGUGCGAUCAUCGUGCAGGCAGGGGUUACUCUGCAUUUGUGUGUGGCUGCAGCGCUGAUGAGACCUCUACACGUGCCACCUGCCCGCGGUCCGUCACAAACCUACAUCUCUCAAGACUCUCUCUCCUCAGCGGCGACCUCCCAUCCUGCCUACAGCAACCACCACGACACAACCAGAACAACGUACCUCGCUGCACCCUUGGAGGAAUAUGAGGACAUUACUGACAUAUCACAAGACCAAGAGCCAACGGUGCCAGGCGCUCCUGUACCGCACGUCAGACGUGAACGCCAGCGAGGCUUUAGUGAAUGUUCCAUCGGUGCCGUCAGUCUGCGACUGCUGGAGCCAGCCUCCAGUCAAGAGUCUCUACCCCGCAUACCUGAGAUGACUGACGACGACACGACACACAAACUCGAAAGCGUCUCCGUCCGUGCCGUCCGCCCGGCAAGGUCCAGCAUGUCCUUGUCAAGAAGGAUGUUGUACUCUUCCCAAAGGAUGUUGGAUGUCCUGUCCAGAAGUGAAACACUGCUGUCACUCAGCUCACAACUCACUUACGAGACAACUAUUCACACCAAGCUGGCAGGAAAGCCAGGACUCUCCAUCCACUCCAUCGUAACCACACUAUUCGAUCUAUCCUUGAUAAAAAGCGUACCAUUUGUGCUCCUCAGCAUUUCGUUCUUUCUCUUCCACCUUGGCUACCUUGUUCCCGGGAUCGGCGUUGUUCCCAGGGCACAGCAUGCAGGCAUUGAGGAAACCCAGGUGUCCUUCCUUCCAUCCAUCAUCUCCAUCUCCGAUCUGGUCGGGCGGCUGUUAUCUGGCGGCCUGUCCAAAAUCCCAGGCUGCACUCGCACUUUCCAGUUCAUCACUCUGAACGUCAUCAUAGCAGCGGGCGCUGUCGUGUUCCCGGUGACGGAGACAUAUUCGGGUAUGGCAGCCUAUGCAGUGUGGCACGGACUCGCCAACGGUCUGUGCUAUCCCCUCAUCCCGACCCUGGUGGUGGACGUGGCGGGAGUGGAGAAGAUCGCCAGUGCCAUGGGGAUGGUCAUGUUCAUCACCAGUAUCGGCCUGACUGUGGGACUACCAACUGCAGGGAUCCUGUAUGACACAACUGGCAGCUAUGAUGCAUCCUUCUACUUUGUGGGAGCAUGCUUCCUACUGAGCGCAGCAGUUUUGGCCUUCUCCCACAUUCUGUCCAUCAGAAGACAGGACAGUGUGCCUGAAGAAUCCUGAUCUCACCACCAGCACAGUUUGGCAAACUGCAUAAAUUUCUUGAAAACAACCAGUUCCUUGAAAAAUCCUAUGCACAUUUUCUUUUUCAUUAUUUCUAGGCCAAUGCAAGUAUACUUCAGACAUCACAAAGUAUACUGUAAUUGUAUAUUCAAUAACAUUGACAACCAUUCCGGUGACAAAACAUAACCGCAAUCCAUAUACACAAGCUAGAUUUGUCUUUUUAUUUCCAAACAUCUCAUCAUUUCUUACUAUGUUACAAGUAUUGAUGAUCAUUAAAUGUGUGGAGCUGGCACUGUGUCUGUUAUUGUAUGGACAAUGCAGCAGAUAUUAGUACAUGAAUGAAAGUAAAACUCACUUGGAAAUGAAAGAUUUUACUGUCAUCAAAGAUCACAAGGUGGCUUGAAAAUGUGUAAGUAGUUAUUCUUACCUCAUCUGAAUGAGAGGAAAACAACAUACACUGACCUAGGGUUUUUCACAAUGGGCAGACCCUGACCUCACUUCCAACCUGACCAUCUACGGUAGUACCCUUUGGAAAGGUUACUUGAUGAUGAUUCUGAUAAGGAAAUGUCCUGAUGAUUGGUAAUUUGUACCGGCUAAAAAUACUAUUUCUUUUAUAAAACAGUCAUGAUGCAUUUCCCUAGAAAAACUUAAGAUAAACA